CCGUAUCAUUCAAAAUGUGGGUUUGUAGUCGUCAAUUUUGCAGCCGCCGUCCUUUCUUACGCUGGUGCAGACCGCGUUUCCGUGAUGACGUCGUUAGUGGAGUGAAGUGGAGACACUUUGGGGCACCAGAAAGGAAGCUUUCGCAACCAAACGUGUGGAAACCAGUUGGAUUGACUCUAACUAUUGGUUGCUGCAGUUUUUCUGUGGCAGCUGUCGUCCACUAUGAAAGGCACAAAUUACCACCAGAUAAUUGGAGAAAGAAAUUGAGACUAGAUGAACACACGUUUGCUCACACACAUAGAACUGGUAUCUACCAACGACUGGUUGAUGUCUGGAAGCAUUUGUCUGAAUUACAGAAAGUGGCUGUGGGAAUCAUUGCUGUGAAUACGUGCAUUUACUUGCUUUGGCAAGUUCCAAGUUUCUCACCCUUUAUGGUCAGAUGGUUUAUGGCAUCGCCCUUGGCAGGUUCCUCUGUCACGUUGCUGACUUCAGCAUUCAGUCAUAUGAAUUUUUGGCAUUUAUUUCUUAAUAUGUAUGUCUUUUGGAGCUUUCUGUACCCACUAGAGAGAUUCAUGAGUGCCGAGUCAUUUCUUGCUUUCUAUGUGACUGCAGGAGCAGCUUCUGGACUUGCUAGUCAUUUGGCAAAAGUCUUGAGAUCAAGUCUAUCUCCAUCAUUGGGAGCCUCUGGUGCAUUGCUAGCUAUUGUGGGAAUGGUGUGCUUUGCAAUGCCUGAUCUGAAGCUGCAAGUUGUCUUUCUUCCGUUUUUUACAAUUUCUGCUGGAAAGGGUCUACUUGCUCUUAUGGGUAUUGAUUUGGCUGGACUUCUUUUACGAUGGCAGUUCUUCGACCAUGCUGGCCAUCUAGGAGGAGUACUGUUUGGCUGCUGGUAUCUGCUUUAUGGCGAGAAAGCGUUAUGGAAAUCAUAUCGGACAAGAAUCGUAGAAGCUUGGAAAGCUGUUACACAGCAGAAGUAACUAAAUGGAAGGACAACAUACCACUAGAUUUUAUUUCUGUGUUUCAGCGCACUAAGUGUUGAACUUGUACACGAAACAGAAAAUUUGCAAAGAAUGAGCAAUUUUUUGCAAUUUUACAACUGAAGUUAAGAAAUACAUAUAGUUGGAUUAUAUUAGUAAA